AUGAGAAAUAUUUCUGAUUUUAUAAAAGAUGGACAAAAUCAUGCAUCUAUAAAGAUUGAAUUAAAACAUGAUGAUGAUAAUGUGAUAAUAAUUUGUUUGAUCACAAGAGCUGAUAAUGGAACUCAAUGGACAUUAAAUGGUGAAAAAACUACACUUGAAAAUAUUCAGAGUAUAGUUGAAUCAUUUAAUAUACAAAUGUCUCCACCAGAAUUAUUAAUUCUAACUCAAGAGGCGACUGGAGAAAAAGAAUUAUUAGGAUGUCAUAGAUCAUUGAUUAAACUUAGUGAACAAAAGAAUUUGUUAUCAGAAUCAAAUACAGAUAAAGAUGAACUCAAUAAUUUGGAAAAAAGAAAUGCAAUCUUAGAAAGAGAUGUUGCACAUUUCAGAGAAAGAGAAGCAAUUCUAAGAAAG